UCUAUCUAUGGUUUUAAUUUUAAUGUAUGACUACAAGUGUCAUGACUGACAGUGACAGUUUAUAACAGCAACUACUUUGGCAAACAUUGUACAAUUGUACCAUUGUAUGCGAUUAAGCAAUUUACUUACAAUGUUUUUUGAAAAACCUAUAGCAAACGUAAGAUGGACUUAAACCCGUCUUUUUGGGCUGGUUUGGGAUGCGGUCUCUGUAUUGGGUUAUCCGUAUUUGUACUAAAGAAGUACUUUGGUUCUGCAGGUUCUGUUGCUAAUACCGCGAAAGCUAUAAAAAAGUUUGCAUCAAAUAAUGAAUAUAAACUUGUAUUAGUUGUAAGAACAGAUCUGAAUAUGAGUAAAGGUAAAAUUGCCGCACAAUGUGGUCAUGCUGCUGUGGGAGCAUUUGAAAAGGCUCAGAGGAAGGAUCCAGAGGGAUUAAAAUUGUGGCAGUUUACUGGUCAAGCUAAAAUAGCUCUUAAAACUGACUCUGUAGAUGAAAUUAAGCAAAUAGCUGAUAAUGCUAAGAAGAUGGGAUUGAUCACAUCUCUUAUUAGGGACGCUGGUAGAACACAGAUAGCACCAAACUCUAUUACAGUGCUGGGUGUAGGACCAGCACCAAAAGAUAUUGUUGAUAAAGUGACAGGACAUUUAAAACUGUUGUAAUAAAUAUAAACCUAAAAUAAUA